UUGUGGUGCAACCUACUCGAUGUAAAAUCUAUGUGGUCUUAUAAAGGUCAAAUAUUACAGGAUUUACAUGCACAAAAUGUCCAAGAAAAAAUCAAAAAUACCACGUAAAAUUCCGAACAUUAGAAAUUCUAAAUAUGAAGCAGCCGAAGCUUUACAUACAAACAAGAAGUAUUGGACCAAUGUAUUUAAUGAAAUUGAUACAACAACCAAAACGACGAUUGAAGACAGCAGAAGUCUAUCGAAGGUGUUGCCCAAUGAAUUGUACAAGAAAGUUUGUAACACAUUAAAUAUGCCUGUCGUCACCGAUCGACAUGAUCAAAGUAAACCAUUUCAAGAAAAGCGUGCACGACGAGUUAUUAAAGAACCUAUGCUGUCAUUCAGGAAAAGUCUGUAUAUCGAUAGAGAACUAGACUCAGAUACCGACGUGGAACUAUGUUCCAGUGAUCAGGAAGACGACAAGCCAAACAUCCAUCAAGAGUUCCUAAAGAAACCGGAGCGUGAGCAAGUGACGUGGGCCACCAGGUACCUCCAAGCGGAGAAGGAGGAGGAGAAAAGUCUCGUUAGGAAGGCUGACGAUCUCACAGAUAGGAUAGCAACGGAGUUUUGCGAAUACAUGAAACAGCUGGGUGGCGACCAACAAUCACAGCUGUUCACGCCGAAAGCUAUCAAGGAACUAUUCCAAAUAGAAUUUGAUACCCACGUAGCCCGCAGCUUGCGAGUGGUGCCCAAAGAAUUGCCAUCCGUCGAGGAAAAACUUGCAGUCGUCACCGGAAAUCCAGAGAAAUCUCGUCAAGCAACGCUUGAACGAGAGAUAACAAAGGAUAUUGAAGCGGAGCAACGUUCCGAUUACCUGACAGCAUUCUCCCAGAGUAUUCCCCUCCAAGACCAAUGGAAAGCACCGAGGAACAACACUAAGACUCUGUGGCGAUCUUCUCGAUAUGUGCCGAAAGACUUAGUCACCUUGAAAACAGUGUGGGAAGGCAUCACAAAUCUUAGAAGUGUUAAAGAGUAUUGUCGCUGGAUGAUCGACCAUCCAGAAUACCGCAGAGCCCCAUACUUAAGCAGCCUGGGCAUGUUCGACCCCGCCGUGCUGGAGGCACGCCUUACUUUCGAGUGUGGGUACGGCGCCACUCCACCGCCGGCAUCGCCAAACGAAGCUCCGGCUCCGAUUGAUCACAUACGACGUCGGCUAUCACAAUUAGCUGAUUCCAGUUAAUGUCAAAUUAAAAUUUACA